GCCGCGGAGGUGCGCCAAGCCAAGCCGAGCCAAUGUUCCCCGUCGGCUCUCCCGAGAUGGAACCUCCGUCCGGCAGUUCUCGCCGGAGAAACGGAGGCUAACGGGACUCAUGGUCGUCCCGGCCGGCCAUGAGUUCCCGCGGGUGGCGCUGAGAUUGUGAAGACCUGAUCCCACACGACGAGCGAUCGGUCUGCGCUCCGUCCGGCAGGAGCCUCCCUAGGGAUACUCGGAACGAUUCCGCCAGGAAUUCGACCGACCACGAGUUCCCCCGCCGCGCCCCUCCCUGUCCCCGCCUCCUCCUCCUCCUCUCCUCCUCCUCCUCCUCUUCCUCCUUCCUCUUCAUUCUUCUCCGGAGCUUCUGCUGCCCCUCUUUUUGACUCUUCUGCUGCCACUCCGUCCGCUAGAUCUGCUUGGCACCAUGCUACUCCGUCUAGGAUCCACUCUGUACGGCUUGGCUCCUACCUUCCUCCUGCUGUUGACCUUGCCCUUUGGAUCUUCAAUGUGUCCUAUGCUUUGCACCUGCUACUUUUCCCCACCCACAGUGAGCUGCCAGGCCAAUAACUUCUCCUCUGUGCCACGGAUACUACCGCCCAAUGCCCAGCGCCUCUUUCUACAAAACAACCUGAUUGGGACCCUGAGACCUGGAAUGUUUGGGCCCAGCCUCAUCACCCUCUGGCUCUACUCCAACAACAUCUCCUCCAUCCAGCCUGGCACUUUCCGCCAUCUCCAGGUUCUGGAGGAGCUGGAUCUGGGGGACAACCGCAAUCUGCGCACACUUGAACCAGAUACUUUCCGUGGUCUUGAACGGCUGCAGUCCUUGCACCUUUAUCGCUGUCAGCUGAGCAGCCUCCCAAACACAAUCUUCCGCAAUCUUUACAGCCUCCAAUACCUCUAUCUUCAGGAAAACAACCUGCUUUGCCUACAGGAUGACCUUUUUGUGGACUUAGCUAACCUGAGCCAUCUUUUUCUGCAUGGGAAUAAAAUCUGGAAGCUCUCCGAGAACGUCUUCCGUGGCCUGUCUGGAUUAGACCGCCUGCUGCUGCACCGGAAUCACCUGCACACAAUUCCUGAGUGGGCCUUUCGCGAUUUGGGAAAGCUUACCAUUCUCUAUUUGUUCAACAACAGCCUGAUCACUCUGUCUGGAGAAACACUCUCAGAUUUGCCCUCCCUGGAGUUUCUGCGCCUCAACAACAACCCCUGGGCCUGCGACUGCCGUGCCUACUCCCUCUGGUCCUGGUUCCAGCGCACGCAGGUCUCCAUCUCAGACGUCACAUGCGCCUCUCCUGCAGAACGCAAGGGACACGACAUGCGCUAUCUGAACGAAGCAGUCUUUCAAGGCUGCCCUCCGACCAGCCAUCACCCUAUUGAGUUUGACUGGAGCUGUAGGCCUGAAUGGGAAAAUGGAGCGGCUCACCCCCACCCUCGCCACCACCCUCACCCUCACCCCCACCCUCACCCUCACCCUCACCCCAAUGGCUCAUCUAAUCAUCUCUAUGGCCUUGGAGGAUCCCCUCCUGCUGAUCCUUCCUCCUUCAACAGGGAUGUCCCGGCCAAUGACAUCCAGAGCCCCAAAUAUGACCCACCUACAGAAGAUAACUACUGGGGGACUAAUGGCAACGGAGAAGGAAGCCAGCUGAAAAAGGGAUGCCUAGGGACUUCUUGCUCUUCUCUGGAAUCUGGAGCAAUCAGGAUUGGCUUCCGGUUAUUUCUCCUUUCCUGUCUAUUCAUUCUGUUGGAACUUUCAUAGUUUUAACAAUGGAGGGUGAUUGCUAAUAAGAGUCUGGGAACUUGGAGACUGUGGGGAGGCUGGAUCCCUACCCAGCACUUAGCUGAGGCCAAAGUGAUUCACCUUCACCCUAACCCAGGGGUAAAGGAAGACUGACUAGGUCUGUUACUGCUGCUGCUGCUGCUUUCUGGCCAAUUGUGAGACUUAAAGCCACUUUCUAUGUGGCACCGGUUAUAUUCCAUGAACUUAUGGCAAGGGCAAUCUAUUUUUUUUUUACUUCUAGAGUGUUGCAAAACUCUCCUGUUAGAAAUGUUCCUUAAAUCCUACUGCUUCUUGAGUGUGUAAGGAGCCUGCUGUAGUCUCCAUAUCCUCUACAGGGCCAGGAUCUCUUCUGUGCAUGAGAAGGAACUAUGGAUGAGGACCUCUUUUUUUCAGAGCCUCCAUUCUUCUAACAAUAUCCUUUCACGCAUAUAAGUGCCUGCUCUGUCUCAUAGGAUAGGACCCCUCAACUAAAGGAUACAAUGUCCUCUUCCAGAACUAAAGAGAAAAAAAAUAUCAAAAUUUGGGGCUCUGAUCACUCUUGACUUCUUAUUAUCUGGUGGUUUUUAAAAAAUUAUUCGAGGGGACCCCAGAGGAGCAAUUCACAUACUUAAUUCUAAUGUUGAUUAUCUUGAUAAGGGUGUGAUGAUGGAAGUUUGCUCCACUGGCUAUUGAAACCAGAAAUUGUUGGAUGACUCUUGAGUAGAUAGGGAACCAUUCAGCUUCUCAAUAAUCCAUAGCAAAUAUUCUUAAUCAUGGGUUUUCUGCACUGACAAACGGUUAGUUCAAUUCUGCCUUCCCCAAUUCAGUGACAUCCGACAACUUGAACUAAAAAUCCCAACACCUCCAGCCAUCAUUAUCAUUGGUUAUAUCUACUUGGUUUGACUGGAAGUCUGAUCUAACACAAGAGGGCACCAGGCUGUGGAAGGCUGGAUUUCAUGAUUUUUGCAGUCCCUUCACUUCUGUAAUUAAAUCUUUAGAGAAAGGUUGCAAUCAUACGACAAAUUCAUGUGAAUUGAUCUUUAUUCAUAAAAAAAAAUGGUCUUAAUUUUGAUGGGUGUAACUUUCCUCUGGUGCCUCCAUGUCUCCCCUUUUACCACAAUGGACAGUUAGAGAAAUAUUAAACUAUUUUGAUAUGGCUGGAACAAUUUAGUCACUCAACCAAAUGAACAAUGUAAUACACAAUGAUUCAGUGUAUUGUGAACUAAGCUGCUUAAACAUUCCAUUUCAUAACCCAGAAAGUAGCUUGAAAGGGAAGCUUCUUUCCUAUCCCCACUGCCCGCUUCUUGUAUUGGGACCAGUUGAAAUACCUUCCUGUCCAGUCCAACGCCCUUGGUCUGCUGAAAAAGAUCACACCGAAGUUAUCUGGGCUUUUUCACUUGUUCAAAACACACAUCAGUGCAACUGCUCUUCCUAAGAUCAAGACUGUAACCGAGCUUUGCCAAAGGACACACACUCUAGAAGGAACCUGCAUGAGCCUGACUCCCUGAUGUACACUUCUAUAAUGCAAAUGGUUCCUGCAGUUAUGUGUUUACUUUGUCAAAUGGAAUGCCUAAAAAUAAUGUAGUCAACUGAAGAGUUUCGGGAGAUUUCUGACCAGACUAAAUCCGAGGGUACUAGAAAUUGGCCAGCAAAUAGGUUAACAUAGCUGUUGUUACAGAAUUAGAUUGAAAUUAUCCCCCCCCCCCCCCCCCGAUCAGAUCAAACUACUGACUUGAAUAGCCGGAUUAUGCUGCCUUUAAACACAAAUAUUUUAGUGGUUUACACAGUACAGAAUGCAACCAUUAAAAUGCCUUAAUUUUAAAUAUUUGGUCACCCUUAAUCUGCCCUUUGGGGAGGAAGUUGUUGGGAGUGCUGGGAACACAGACACUGCUUUGCCAGGCCCACAGCAGCCACGGGGAAAAUAGCAUUCUCUUGGAAGUGUGUUGCAAAAUGUUAGAUCUAGUUGGAAAAGAAGAGUCUAGUGAGAUCAAGUCAGAAAAAGCAGUGUGGAAGACCUCCACUCAGAGUCUCAAACAUAACACUUUCAAAACCAGCCCACUCAUGAUGGUGUCGGGUGGAAAUAUUCCAUCUGAGUAAGAUGGAAAGCCAUUUGCAAGGGCUCCUGUGAAUGAACCCUAGUGCCACAUAGAACUCUGAUUCUUUUCCUAACAGGAGCGUUAGGAAAGAAUCAGUUAUAGGUGGCGCUAAUGUUCAUUUUUCAGGUCCAUUCAGUUAUUCUUUCUAUCAUAGAAGAGCACAUUCUCCAGGACUGAUGCAGAGCCUUGCUAGUGUAGGACUGAUCCUAAAAUGAUGUUCAGAAUACAGUGGUACCUUGGUACUCAACUGCUUUGAAUUUGGUAGUCAAAGCAUUUUGACGCAAAAAUUUUGUCCCGGUAUUCAUCGUUUGUUUGGUAAUUAACGCACAAUCUAGAACCUGUCAGUGUCGGCUGCCUUCUGACUCACUACAUUAGUCCUUAUGGGAGAAAUUUGCUUGGUACUCAUCAUUUUUGGUUCCCAUAGCACCUCCCAGAACCAAUGAACAAUGAGGACCAAAGUACCACUGUAAUUUUUUUCCCCCUAACCUCUUGUUUUCUGGUUAUGCGGAAUUCGUUCUGGGUCCCACAUAUUUAAAAAAUAUACAGUUAUAUUGUUCUCAUUUUAAAGAAGGAAGUCUGUCACCAAUAAUUCAAAUGAAACAGAAAUUGUCCUUCAAGUGACUUGUUACUUUGAAAAUGUUCUGUGUUGGCACUUCUCAUACAGUUUUUCUUUUGUUUUAAGAUUUGCUUGAUUUCUUUUGUUUAUUUGCCAAAACCUUUACUUUUUUUGGCAACACA